AUGCUGACACGAAACAUCAACCCCGAAUCCCCCCCUCGCCCCGAACCAGAAGAAUACCUCCUCCUCAUCCCCACCGGCCUCCUCCUCUUUGACCGGACAGGCUGCCCCACAAUCCACUGGAUAACCAGUCUCCUCGGCGCAGGCCUCUACUCCGCCGACGUCUGGAUCAUCCUAGAAUGCAUGUGCCUGUACCUACCAGCCACAUACCCGCGCUACGCCGCGAGCCUCUUCGCGGCAAACGACUUCUGCAGCUCGGCCCUGGCCGCCGGGGCCGUGCAUUACGGCGUGCUGCUGUAUCGCAAUCUGGGCGUGGACCGGGGCUCGACUGUUCUCGCCGGACUGGGCGUGCUCGGCGUGCUGGGCAUGGCUUUGAUCUGGCUGUACGGCGGGAUGUGGAGACGACAUUCGCGGUUUGGCGAUUCUGGCCUCAUCUAGAACCCCCA